GAUGUAUUUUCUUCAAUGGCUUCAUGCCAAUUUGUUUGCUUUUGUGGGUUUUCUUUUUCUAAAGGCAUUUGUAUUAAGUGCCUGUCAAAAAGCCCCUCUUUUUCUUUUCGUCUCUCCCUUUUCCUCCUCUGCUUAACCUUUUCAAAAAAAUUUUAACUUUUUAACUUUAUAUCUGUAUUUGCUCCAAUAUGUCGAGCUUUUGAUGCUGUUCGUUUCUGAGAAAAUUUCUUCUUAACUUUCUAUGAGGAAAUUAAACAAGAGAACUUGAUCAAAACUGUUCCUGCCUUGUCUUUGGCUUGUUUAAAGCUGAUUGUUGAGUUUUCAUUUUUGUAUCUGAUUAUGGGGGAUCAUUUUGUAUUACUAGUGGACCGGUUGAUAACUGAAUCCACAUUGGAAGCUGCAAUUGAAAGCAGGAACCGGUCUUUUCAGGCCACUGCACCAGUGGUUGAUGACACUAAGGUAUUCAACUCUUCUCCAAAGUUGAAUUUAUCCUCCCUGGGGGGAAUUGUUGAAUGUAGGAUAUGCCAAGAUGAGGAUGUAGACUCGAAUAUGGAGACCCCUUGUGCUUGUUGUGGCAGCUUGAAGUAUGCGCAUCGCAGAUGUGUACAGAGAUGGUGCAAUGAGAAGGGCAACACCACCUGUGAAAUAUGCCAUCAGCAAUUCAGGCCAGGUUAUACCGCGCCACCUCCCUUGUUUCAUAUUGGGCGUAUUCCAAUGAACUUCAGGGGCAAUUGGGAGAUAUCUAGGAGGGAGUUAAACAAUUCUGGCUUUAUAGCAGUGGUCUCAACAGAUCACAGCUUACUGGAUUCUCGCUAUGAUGAAUAUUUAGCUUCAACUACAAGAAGCUUAACCGGUUAUCGUAUGGUUGCAAUACUUUUCAUGCUUCUUUUGGUUUUACGGCAUAUUCUUCCUGUCCUACUAAGGGGAAGCGAUGACUUCUCUUUCCCAUUAUUUAUCUCGAUAUUACUUCGGACCAUCGGAAUUAUCCUGCCAAUGUAUGUCAUUUUUAAAACAGUGACUGCCCUCCUUCGCUGCAGGCAGCAUCAGGAGACACCAAAUUCAUUGUUUGCUGAAUCAGAGGAAGAGAAUGAAGUUGCUAUCAUGCAAACUCAGCCUCACAUAGUUAACAUACAUUGAAUUCCGACAUGGGUAAGAUACAUCUCUGUAUCUUCAGUCGGUGAAAAAGAGUUGAAAAGAAGGGGUUGAUAUCAGGUAAUAAUAUAUAACUUGUUUCGCAGAUAAUAUUAGCAAUCAAAGAAAUAUACAUUAAAGCCAAGAAAUCCAAACAAUGUACAGUGUAUAUAUUCAUUGUGCAGUUUAUAAAAAGAACAACCACAAAUUCAAGUGAGAUUUGCUUACUUGUACAGAAAAUAAAAGAAAAACAGAUUGUAUAAAUAUAUCUUUCUAUUUAUUCAUUUAUUUUAAAGUAUUGGAUAUUAAAA